AUGUCUGGUCAUCGCAUACUAGCAGAGGUGCUGCGCAAAGAGCCUCGGAUCGACUCAGGCACUGUGCUCUCUGAUCCAGUUGUCACAUCCAGUGGCCAGUUCUCAGCCAAGAAAGUCCAGAUGCCUGAGCUACGCAAUACCAAAUACGACUUUGGUGCCGCCAAGGCCCAAUACGGCGAAAAUGAGCUUCAGCUCCGGCAACCAGAAGGCUUCCCAAUCAUUCCUCUUCCUAUCACGGUAGCGCGUGCUUACGAGGAGGCUGCAAUGGCAGCUGCAGCGAGAGAUUACUCUGAACUCGUAUUCGACAUUUACGAAGACGUAAAUGAUGGUACACGCAAAACGGUAGCUGAAGAGGAUCACGAAAUGGUUGACGCCUACGCUAGUGGAACUGUUGGUGAAGAAGAGGAACAGGGCAAUAACGGCGAUGAAGCCAGACAAAUGGGUGACGAGAACCACCAUGAAGUUCCUCCCAACUCUACAAACGCGACCAAGAGUGAUCCAAGGCUCGAUGUACAUGUAGACAGCCUAGGACGAACACGCGCAGCAGCACAUCGGCGUAAGGCUCUUGAGACCAUACAGCUUGUAGAUCACGCCGGGGACUUAGGAGACGUGACUAGCAUGGGCAGCAGCAAAAAGCGUACAAGUAGCCGUAUCCAGAAGUCCACACAGCCGAGGAAGCAGUCGGUUAGGAAGUCACGCUAG